AUGAUGAGCUCACCUGGCAUCGAACGAUACGUCGGAUGUCGACCACCUCCGACGUACGACUGGUACACGGGUGCCCUCUCUCGUUCGACCUUUCUUCCUUCGAGCACGAUCUCCACACCACAUGCUCCUCGCGAGCAUGACCUGGGAUACACGCACACGCUGCUCUUCGCAACCCACUCUACGCGCAUCCUCCUAGCUCGAAAACUUCGAGGUUUCGCACGCGACACGCACAACGGUAUCGGUGGGAAGCUCUUUUCCGAGGAAACGGCGCUUCAGUGCAUCUUGCGCGAAACUCGGGAAGAGAUCGUCCUUACGCUUUCUUCCGACAACGUUCGUUUCGCUGGGAACGUCAGCAUCGAUGUGGAUCGUGGAGAGAAGGUGAGGAUCGCAUUGUUCACAGUAGAGCUGGAUGCGGAGCAAGCGGAUCGAGUUCAAGGUUCGGACGAGGUGGAACCGAUCUGGGUCGAGACUAAGGAUGUGCUGGAGGGAAGGUGGGCGGGGGCGAUGCGUCCUGAACACAGGAUCUACUUGGCAGCGCUGUUGCAUUGUGCGCCGAAGCGGAGAGAGGAGGGUUGGGAGGGACCGUUGAUCGAUGUCACAGUGAACUUCGAUGCGGAACCUGAAGGCGAGGACUUGGAACAAGGUGAGAGGCCGGAGAAUCAUCGUACCGUUCGGCAGUGGUCGCUCAACAUCUUCCCUCAACCGAUCACACACACAUCAUGA